AGAAUCGGAACAUUCACCAAAAAAAUGGGAGAAAAGCUAAUAAGAAAAAUAAUUCGGAAUGCGUUUAUGGCUUGGCAGGGUCAGUGUGGUCUUAGGUUCAGUGAGAUCAGAAGGAUGAAAAAAGCCGAUUUGAAAAUUAACUUCUACAAGAAAGACCACGGUGAUGGCAUGCCGUUUGACGGCAGAGGUUUAUCUCUCGGCCACGCCUUCUUUCCGAAAGAUGGGCGAAUUCACUUUGACCUUGAUGAGAAUUGGGGUUUCGGGAGAUAUCCAUAUACCGACCUCUUCAGAGUGGCGGUACAUGAAAUCGGUCAUUCACUCGGUCUAAAACAUACAGAACUACCGGGUUCGAUAAUGUUUCCGAAUCUAAUCGAGUGGGAUUAUUUCCGAUUCCAUACACUGGAUAUAAAACUGAUUCAAUAUCUUUACGGUAUAAAGAUUUUUUGGUUCUGA